GAAAUGAUCCAUUUCUAUAAAAGAUUGACUCAUUAUUUGUUCAGCCUUGUUUCACGUCAAAAUCUUUACAAAUCUCCAGCACAAAGAUGAAAAACUUUCUCGUUACCAAAAUCAUAUGCCUCCUCGUCCUUCUUAUCACGUUAGCACUCGGCCAUGCAGCCGGAGAAGCUGAUGUAGAAACAACGGAGGGGGUACGCCCCACGCCUCUGCCCUCCAUUCCAACUCGGAUCCGGGACUCAUUCCUCAAUGGAAUUCGAACUGUUGGAACUGCUAUUCGAUACGUACCAGCCACGCUAACGGAUUUCUUUAAGAACGUUUCCAAAGUUUCUGCAGACAGUCUACGCCGCAAUACAAGCGUCGUGCUCAUUUCCGACCCUACAACACUUGCACAACCAGCAACUACGCCCACCAAGGAAUAAAAUAUACCUCCUUUUAACUUUUUUUUUGAUUAUUUGAAUUCAAUUAAGAGAUGAAAUAUGAUUGCGAUUAUGUGAUUAAAUAUGAAAUAUGAAAUAAAGACCUCUGACACUUUCUUCUUAUA